AUGCCAAAACUUGAAACAACUUCCCUUUGUCUUUACUCUGCAAUUCUGCUCAGCAAAUGUCUUCACGCACAGCACACAACGGGCAAUAUUAUGAGAUUUAAAUUAAAGAAUAAAAAAAAGACGGGCAAGCAGGAGGUGAUGGGUAAGUUGGCUGAGAUUUUGGAUUCAUUCCUUAGGAUGGCUUCAAGAUUUCACUCACACUGCCCGCAAACUGCCCGGAUGUAUUAUCAUCCUCCGCCCGUCCAAGAUCACAGCGCCAAAAUGCCCGCUUCUACUUGCCCCAUUAAUGAUACUACCGAUUUCAUUCUUUACACUCUUAUUGAUGAUUGGUUUAUUAUGAAAGAACAAAAGGUAUAUCUGAAAAAUAAAGGACUAGGCUCAUCCAAACCAUUGUUUGGAGGGUCAAAUCACGACGGCUGGGAAUAA